UAGCCCGGCAACGUGACUCCAGCAGCAGCAGCAGAGAGAGAGAGAGAGAGAGCGAGGCCGCCCCGCUGUAUCUGGGGAGAGAGGUCUGGAGGCUGCAGGAGGAGGAGGGAGUGAUUGGAGCUGCAGAAGUGCAGAUUUUGCGCACAAGAAGAGACAGAGGUUGGAGGUUGUUCUCACAGGAGCUACAGACAGAAGGAGUCACUUACCUGCAGUCUCAGACAUGGGGCCUCUGCAGCAGAGCAAGAAGAUGCAGGAGAGAGAGCUCGCUCGCAGCCGGAUCCCUCGCCUGGUCCUGCGCCCUUACCUGCCCAAACAGAAAAAGUCCCCGUCUUCGGAAUCUCCUUUCUCUGAGGAAGAGAGCAAAUAUUUUCAUUCGAGACGAUCUGCAAGGACCAUAAGUAGCAACAGCUUCUGCUCAGAUGACACUGGGUGCCCCAGUAGCCAGUCUGUGUCCCCGGUGAAGACUCCCUCGGAUGCCGGCCUCAGCCCUAUGGAAUUCUGCACUAGAAGCAAAGAGGAUUUUGGCCGUAAGCGAGUUGGCGUCGGUACCUUUGCCGACAAAAAUGUGCAGCCUUCCCGAUACAAGAAGGAAAUGAAGAUUAGUCUUCUCAAGACAGGUAGUGAAGCUGAUUUCAGUUCAUCGAGCAGCACGGGAAGCAUUUCUGCACCAGAAGUUCAUAUGACGGCAAUGUCCGGAGGGAAAAAGGCAUCUUUUUCACGCAAUCGUAUUUCUCAUGGAAAGGGUAAUACACCCUCGUCCAGCAAACCUGGAAGCAGCCCACCUGGUGCGCGGGACAAGGAACUAUUCUCAGUGCUGUGCCGGAAUCCGGUGAACCCUGUUAAUGUCCAUGAUCCCUACGGGGUUUCAUCUGCCAGUAGCAGCAACUCCAGCUCAUACAAGGGGAGCGAUACCAGUCCGACUCCACGACGUACUUUGCGAUAUGCGUCCUGUGGUGAUAAUCAUGGCGUAAAGCCACCAUCUCCAGAGCAAUAUCUGACUCCGCUGCAGCAGAAAGAGGUCUCAAUACGGCAUCUGAAGGCGAAACUGAAGGAAUCGCAGACAACCCUUGAAGACAGGGAAGCAGAAAUUGUAGACCUAAAAUCACAGUUGGCUCGUAUGCGGGAAGACUGGAUUGAAGAAGAAUGCCACCGCGUCGAGGCUCAACUUGCACUAAAAGAAGCGCGAAAAGAAAUAAAGCAGCUAAAACAGUUCAUUGAAACCAUGAAAAACAGCUUGGUAGAGAAAGACAAAGGAAUACAAAAAUAUUUCAUAGACAUAAAUAUUCAGAAUAGUAAAUUAGAGACCUUGCUGCAAAGUAUGGAGUUGGCCCAAGACUGUGGUUUCAGGGAUGAACCAUGUAUGGAUUAUAUUUGUAACUCACCUGGUGCAUCCCUGACUGAAAGUGCCAUUUAUGACAAAAUGUCAGAAGGACUUUUACUUGAGGACCAAGCAACGGAGGAAAUGGCAGAUUGUGAUCUUCUCCUGAAUGAUGACCUUGCAAACAGAGAUGAUUUGUUUGAUGAGAUAAUGAUGGAGACCACCAGUGAGCUGGACAGCUUGACAACAUUUGGGAUAUUCAAUGAGAAGCCAAAUUCCAACAGGAUCCAAAGUUCACACUGGAUGGAACAAGCUAUUCAGACUGACGUUGUUCCUUACAGCCUUGAUUUUGAAAAUACCAUCCUCAAGAUCUUCAAAGCAAAUAAUGAAGGCAGAUCAAAUUUUUUACGUGGUCUCCAUUUUACAUGUUCAAAUGGGCCAACAACAUUAAUAGACUUGACUCCAGAUGAUCCAAACUCUGCUAUUCUUUUAUCUCCUGACCCUCUAGAUAAAGACAGCGUUCUUGGCGAUAAAGAAAGUUGUGCAACGAAAGAACUGGACUUUGAGGGAGUUCCUACGGAAGGGUCUGGUCAAGGAACUGCACAAGCUUGUGUGAUUGAUAGUCAUUGGAGCAACCAUUUUUUCACAGAUCUGUUGGCGGUGGCUGUGCCUAUAAUCCCUACAGUCUUGUGGGCACUGAAUACUCAAAGAGGAAACCCUGACCCUGUUUACAACAUUGGCGCCAUGAUGCGUGGCUGUUGCUUGUUGGCUUUACAUUCCCUUAGAAAAUCAUACCGCACCACCCGCAUCUAAGAGUGGGUGGGGGCCCAACUUUUCUCCACAUGCUUUAUCUUCUUUGUCACUUAGAGCACUUAAUCAGAUUGAUUCAUUCAAUUUGUCCUAAAUGCACGUAAAGAAACCUUUUUGUUUUUUGGCACUUUAUCACCCAGUUCACUUUAAACAAAAAUCUAUUUAAAAAAUUAAAUAUAUAUAUAAAUAUAUAAAGAGGAAAAUAAAAUUCCCUGAAUUGCACUAAAAAAAAUAAAUUUCAAAUGAAAUGCCUCAUGCUAAUUUUCUAAAAAUUUAAGAGCCUAAGUCUUGCACUUAAAAAACAUGUUUCUACGUUGGGCGCCUGCUCCCAAUAGAAUUGCUUAGUUUGUCAUGAUAUUUGCAUGUUUUUUUUUUUUUUGCUCUUUUUUUCUGCUUUAUAUUUCCGUAUGGGAAAAAUGUUUACAGCUUUCAAGGACGCUUGCAUAAUGUAUCCUACAUUUGGUGUACUUGUGCAUUAAGUAUUAAUGUUCAAUGGCGGCAUUCUGCCUGAAUUGCUUCUGUGUUUGUUCGUCACAUCCCUUGAGUUAAUUGCGGCUUGUGCUAUGCUGUAGCUUGUGUAUUCUCGGCUUGAAGUUGUGUGAGCGCUAUCUGUGAUUCCCUGUGUGAACUGUCUUGUUUCCUUGGCAACCCGCGUACGUUACAGCAUGUCUGUUCCUGUAUUCGCAUUUCGAGAGCUAAAUGCCAUUUUGUUUACAAUAUGAAAUAGUAUGGUGAAGUGUAAAUGUAUUUAUAGAUUGUACAUGUUUAAAAGUGUAUAGUAACUCUAAUAAAAUACUGCAAGUGGGCCGAUGUAAGAUUAUUGAUGGAUGCCUAUUUCAUG